GUGUGUGUGUGUACUCACUCACUCCAGGAUCUGAUCGAGGGCAUGAUGUGUUACCGCUGCUCCACCAACAACCCCCUCCUGAACACCAGGGGCAGUGUGUGCAUCAACUGCAGACAGCCCUUCAUCUACUCGGCGUCUUCCUACGAGGUCCUGCCGUUGGUGCAGUUCUACCUGGAGGAGGGCGUCAGUGACGAGGAGGCCGUGUCACUCAUCGACCUGGAGGUUCCUCACGUGGACGACCCGGACUCGCACCCGCAGCUCACGGACAACGGUGGUAUCCUUCAACCAUCUGUGUGAGGGUUCAAAUCCUGAGCCUGGACCAGGUGACUGUGG